CAAACUUCAGUCCACUUUUAUCCUCGACAGCCUUAAUUUCCUUACUUUUUCUUUUAAGGAUUAAUUUCCGUACUUGUAAAAACAACAAGAAAAACCCCAUCUUUGUUCUUCUCCCUUCCCCCUUUUUAUUUUCAAACCCGUUAUUUCUACCAAAAUAGCAGAGAAAAUGGCCGCAAAUGAAAAGGAUAACAUUCUCGUUGAAGAGAGAGAGGAGGAGAUGGUAGCUUUCCUUGGAUCCAAGCAACCCAUCAACAGAAAAGGUUGGUUCCUCAAACCCACUUCAAAUUCAAUCCAAAGCCCUAUCUUUAUUCCUUCUUCUUCUCAUUGCACUGCUCUGAAGACCCCAAAGUGUAGUUUCAAAGGUUGGGUGUGCUCUCAGAGAACCUGGGACAAAUGGGUCGAAAAGCUCAGGCCCAAUUACAGUCAUUUAUGGAAAAAAGUUGGUAUCUUGGAUGCCAUUAAUGCUUCUAAGUACAGAUUUAAGAGAGACCAACUCUCAAUUUGGGGGGUAGUUAAGUUUUGGUGUGAACAGACCAACACUUUCAUCUUUCCAUGGGCAGAGGCCUCUAUAACUUUAGAGGAUGUCAUGAUUCUUGGAGGGUUUUCAGUUCUCGGUGAACCCGUUAGGGUUUCCGGGCCUUUGGAAGGUGAGCUUGGGGAGUUAGGAUCUCUAUUGGCUGGAGAAGUUAAGAAGUUUAACCAAAGCAAGAGCAAGAAAGCUGAAUUCUCUGCCUGGAUGAAGCAUUACAUUGUAGAAGGAAGUGGUGAUGAGCUUGAGCAUGUUGCAUUUUUGGCUAUGUGGUUGUCGAGAUUUGUGCUUUUAGCACCCCCUGGAAAAAUCGUAGGGUACCAUGUGAUCCCUGUUGCUGUUCGAUUAGCUCGAGGGACAAAGAUUGCCUUAGCUCCUGCUGUGCUUGCUAGUCUUUAUCGAGACUUGCGAGUAAUGAAGGAUUACCUUGCCACUAGCGCGGUGAAUAACUCGCCUUCUCUUAUUGUUUGGGCUCCUUUACAUAUAUUGCAGCUUUGGAUUUGGGAAAGAUUCUUGGCUCUAAGGCCGGAAACAUCAAGUUUUGUGAAUUUGGGUGAGCCUAGGGUUGCAAGAUGGCAAUGUGUGAGAAAAAAAUUGGACUACCAAUUUAUAAAGUCGGUGAUCAAAUCACCAGAUGAAAUCCAAUGGCGGCCUUAUUUAGCUUGUUUGGAUCAUUGGUGUAAUCCUUCAUACUCUAGGGAUGAAGGUGGGUGGAUUUACGGCCAUGAUGCUAUGGAUGAAGGCAUUGAAUCAUUUGCCCGGUGUAUAAAAGCUUGUGAGUUAGUUGGGCUAGAUUGUAUUGAGCAAUAUUUUCCUCAUCGGGUAUCAAGGCAAUUUGGAUUGGAUCAAGAUAUACCACAUUCUGUUCCUCGGGCUAAUUCAACAUGGGAGGUUGCUUGGAGAACCUAUGCUAUAAGUGGGAAUAAUGUCAAAUAUUUUGUCCCUUCGAAACUUUUUGAAUCAGAUGUCACCUUAGAGUACUCAGUUUGGUGGGAUAGUGUUCGCAAGUUGUUAAAGAAGAAGAUGAAAGGAAAGAAACGGAAGAAAACCCACUCUCUACAAUGUUGCUACACAAAAGAGUUGCAAGAUGCAGAUGAUGUUGUAAUCUCUGAUUGGAUUGCUCGAAAAAAGCAAAGAAUUAGCAGUAAGAAUUUGAGUAAAACUCCUCCUGAACUUUCAACAACUAAAAAAAGAAGAAAUAACAGUAAGAAUGUGUGUAAAAAUUCUCCUGAGUUUACGACAGCUCUUAAUUAUUUUAUAGAAAAUAGAGUGAUUUGUGGAGAAUUAGAAUCUUUAGACACAAGGAAACAAGACUCUGAUGCCUUAAGCAAUGUUAAUAUCAAAAGUGAAGCGGUUGAAUCAAAUGCAUUGGGCAUUGAUGACAAGGGAGUUGAAGAAUCUUCAGACACAAGAAAACAAUAUUCUGAUUCCUUGAGCAAUAUCAGAGUCGAAAAUGAAGCAGUUAAAUCAAAUACAUUGAAGUUUGAAGACAAGGGAGUUGUGGAAUCUUCAGACAUAAGGAAACAACAUUCUGAUUCCUUGAGCAAUGUCAAUGACCAAAAUGAAGCAUUUAAAUCAGAUGCAUUUGACAUCGAUGACAAGGGACUUGUAGAAAUUUCAGACACAAGGAAGCAAGACGCUGAUGCCUUGAGCAAUGUCGAUGUAAAAAAUGAAGCAGUAAAAUCGAAUGCAUUGGACAUUGAGAAGAAGGAAUUUGAAGAAUGUUCAGACACAAGGGAACAAUAUUCUGAUGCCUUAAACAAUUUCAAAGUCGAACAUGAAGCUGUUAAAUCAAAUGAAUUGGACAUUGAGGACAAGGGAGCUGUAGAACACAUUGAGGAAACAAGUGCCGGAGAUUCUGUAAGUGACCCUAUAGUGACAGAUGAAAUUGAAGAGAAUUUUGAGAUGGCAGUGGAAGAAAGCACUUCAGAUGGAAAGUCAGAAACAGAACUGGAAAUUGAAAAGCUCAAGGAAGAAAUUGCGUUGAUUCAUGCAAGAGUGAAGAGUUUGGAAUCCCUGGCUGAGUCUGAAAACCUUGUGCUGCAAUCCAGACCCAGCUUACUUAAAUAGCUAAUGAUGUUAAAAUUGCAGGUGAUAAAAUUUGUUUUCCGUACUUCUCGUCUAUGUUUAAAAAUGCAAUUUUGAAAGUACUCUUAUGGUCUGGAAUUGUAAUUUGAUGUAUCAAUUUUUUUU